CGAUUAUUCUUUUCUUGUGCUUGUGGAGAGUAGGUGGACGUGUACGUGUUUGCGUUUUAUUAAGAAAAUUUAAUUUGAAGCAUAUUUUAAUUGCAUAACUUAGUAGCAAAAACAUUGAAAAGGCAAUUUUUGCAUUGAACAUAGAGGAAGUAUUUUCGUUAAAUAUCGGAUUAGAGUCACAUAAAUAUCAUAUAUCAAAUAUGCCGCGCUAUCGAGAGUGGGACUUGGCAUGCAAAGUAUACGUUGGUAAUUUAGGUUCAUCUGCUUCAAAAUAUGAAAUUGAAAAUGCCUUUAGCAAAUAUGGCCCGCUGAGAAAUGUCUGGGUAGCGAGAAACCCACCUGGAUUUGCUUUUGUUGAAUUCGAAGAUCGCCGCGAUGCGGAGGAUGCAACUCGAGGUUUGGAUGGAACACGGUGCUGUGGUACUCGUAUCCGUGUGGAAAUGUCGUCGGGUCGGUCACGACGUGAUGAUAGACGCCGAGNGGAGGUCGCGGUGGUGGACGCUAUAG